AGGAAGUAAACAUCACGUGCUCGGAAAUCAGCUGAUCCUCCGUAGACAUCUUUAGGAGUCACGACUGCGGCGACUAAUUCAAACCUUUUCCUGCGCGAUUCUUCGACGGACCUGUCAAAGCUGCAACCAUGGCGCUCAGCGAUGCCGACGUACAGAAGCAGAUCAAGCACAUGAUGGCCUUCAUUGAGCAAGAGGCCAAUGAGAAGGCAGAGGAGAUUGAUGCAAAGGCAGAAGAAGAGUUCAACAUCGAGAAGGGCCGUCUGGUCCAGACCCAGAGGCUGAAGAUAAUGGAGUACUAUGAGAAGAAAGAGAAGCAGAUUGAGCAGCAGAAGAAAAUUCAAAUGUCAAACCUGAUGAACCAGGCUCGACUGAAGGUACUGAAGGCCCGCGAUGACAUGAUCUCGGAAAUGCUGAAUGAGGCUCGCCAGCGGCUCGGUAACGUCGCUAAAGACCCGUCCAAGUAUCCAGCUCUGAUGGACGGAUUGCUCUUACAGGGGUUCUAUCAGCUUCUGGAGCCCAAAGUGACCAUUCGCUGCCGUAAACAGGACAUGCAGGUGGUACAGGCGUCCAUCCAGAGGAACAUCCCCAUUUAUAAAGCAGCUGUGAAGACCAACCUGGAGGUUCGCAUCGACCAGGACAACUUCCUGGCCCCAGACAUCUCUGGAGGUAUUGAGCUCUAUAAUGGCGACGGGAAGAUCAAGGUGUCCAACACCCUGGAGAGCAGACUGGACCUCAUGGCUCAGCAGAUGAUGCCUGAAAUCCGAGUGUCUCUCUUUGGCGCCAACCCGAACCGCAAGUUUCUGGACUGAGAGCCUUAGCUGUAUUAGAGACAAACACUUUCUUUUAUUUUUUAUUUUUUUUGUCAUAUCAAAGACAUCAUUCCUUUUGUCUGUGAAAUUUCCGAUGCAAAAAGAGACGCGUUGUUGUCGUGUGAUGUAUUGCUGUAUUUUUCUGUGCAUUAAGGGGCAUGGUAGACGCUGCAACUCGAUGCUACAGAUGUGCAUGCUGCACAGCUGUAAGGACCGGUUUACUCUGCUGCUCUCCUUCAAAGGUCUCAGUUUACACUGAUAAAGUCAGGGAAGUCGGGGUGUUUUAACAGCUUGUCCUCUAAUUGGAUCAGUCUUCAUGACAAACACGGCGUCUGUGUCGCAGUUUUUCUGGAUUCAUUUACCUCUGCCCCACAUUAGAAGUUGUAUGGGGCAUUGUGUUGGUAAUGGGUGUCUGCUCCAACCAAUCACAGACAACAUAUGGUAUCCUAGAAACAAAACUGAAGACCGUACAUGACCUUCCAGAGUUAAUUUAUUGACGUUACAUCGACUGUUGAAUUAAGAGUAGGUGAUAUCAUUCCAGAGGGUGCACUGUAUGUAUAUGAGGUUUCCAGAUUAAAUUAUAUGUGUGUGUGUGGUUGUUGUUUUGUUUUUGUUCUUCUGUUUUUUGAUUGUCUCAAACUGAAAAUGUUCUAUUGUGGAAAUGUAAAACAUUAAAGAGUAUAAAUCAUUA